CUGGCUGUGAAAGUAAAGUGGACAACAUUCAACACUCCUGUAGUUAGUUAGUCGCAUUCUUGCACCUCCCUCAGUACGCACUCACCUUUCACCGGUCCAAGGAGGGAGCUUUUUUUCUUUCUUUAUUUGAUUGUUUUUUCAUGGAGGGCAGCAGGAUCACCAGUGGACUGUGGCUGUUCGUCUUCCUCUCGGGAUGUGGGCGGCUGUCGGGUUUCAACCUGGACACCGAAAACGUCCUGAAGAAGACCGGGGAGCCGGGCAGCCUCUUCGGAUUCUCUCUCGCGAUGCACUGGCAGCUUGAACCGGUGGAGAGGAAACUGCUGCUGGUUGGAGCCCCAAAAGCAAAAGCCCUGAGUCGUCAAAAAUCUAGUGUGACAGGGGGACUGUACAGCUGUGACAUGACCUCUGACGCAUCUAACUGCGACAGGGUUCAGAUUGACAAUUCAGAGGAUCUAAAAUCAGAAAGCAAAGAGAACCAGUGGUUAGGCGCCACAGUCAGCAGUCAGGGACCAGGAGGACAGGUUCUGACCUGUGCCCACCGCUACCAGCGCAGAGCCAAUAUGGGUACUCGCAUGGAAUCCCGUGAAAUUAUAGGCCGCUGCAUAUUGAUGAAUCAGAGAUUGACUACCGAGGACACUUCAAAUGGUGAAGGAGACGACUUGAAUUUCUGUGAGAACCGCGGAAAAGGCCAUGAGUUGUACAGCUCAUGCCAGCAGGGUGUCGCUGCAGUAUUUGAUAAGGAUUACCACUACCUCAUUUUUGGAGCUCCAGGAGCAUUCAACUGGAAAGGAGUUGUCCGUUUGGAAAAUAGAAAUAACACCAUGUUAGCACAAUAUUUCUAUAGCGAUGGUCCUUUUGAGGCUGGAGACGAGAACGAGAAGAACCCUGAUCUGGUCCCUGCUCCUGUCAACAGCUAUCUAGGCUUCUCUUUGGACUCUGGGAAAAGUCUGACGACUAAGGGCCAGCUGACGGUGGUGGCAGGAGCUCCAAGAGCGAAUUACAGCGGAGGGGUGGUGCUGCUGAAAAAAGGGGAUAAUAGGAACAUCUUGCUAGAGGAGUACACCCUGGAAGGAGAGGGGCUGGCCUCAUCCUUUGGCUAUGAUCUGACUGUGCUGGAUCUCAAUAAGGAUGGAUGGCAGGAUAUAGUGGUGGGAGCACCUCAGUACUUUGAGAAGCAAGGAGAAAUCGGAGGAGCUGUCUAUGUUUAUGUUAACAAAGGAGGGAAAUGGGACAAAGUCAAACCCAUCAGAAUAGACGGACCUCAGAACUCCAUGUUUGGUCUGGCUGUGCAAAGCCUGGGAGACAUCAAUCAGGAUCGUUACCACGAUUUUGCUGUGGGGGCUCCUUACGACAAUGAAGGUGCUGGGAAUGUUUAUAUCUACCACGGAUCAGCCACAGGACUCAAAUCUACAAAAGCUGCACAGGUUCUGUAUGGCAAGAGUUUGGGAACCAAGCUGUUUGGUUACUCUUUGGCAGGCAACAUGGACCUGGAUAAGAAUUCCUACCCUGACCUUGCCAUCGGAUCCCUCUCUGAUGCUGUGUUUGUAUUCAGAGCGCGUCCAGUUGUCACUAUCAAGAAGGAAGUCAAGUUCACCCCAAACGAAAUUGACCUUACGAACAAGAACUGUGGCAACAACUUCUGUAUGGAUAUCGAGGCAUGCUUCACCUACACUGCCAAUCCAAAGAGCUACUCCCCUACAUUGAAGGUGGCAUACUCCAUACAGGCUGACGCUGACCUCAGGGAGAAGAAACUCAACUCCAGGGCAACUUUCGUUGACUCUCCCAACAACUUUGAGUCUAAAGGAGUCGUCACCAUAACUGGCCAAGGACAGAAACAGUGCAUUAAACGCCAGCUUGCCAUACAGGAAAAUAUUCGAGACAAGCUGCGUGGAAUCCCCAUCGAUGUGUCUGUGGAAAUCCCGGAGUCCAAACGUAAACGCAGACAGAGCUCAUCUGCUCCACUGGCACCAGUCAUGGAUGCAAAUGAGCCAGCGAUAAGUCGAUCUGAGGUGAAUUUCCUGAAGGUGGGAUGUGGCACUGACAACGUUUGUCAGAGCAACUUGCAGAUUAAUUAUCGCUACGGCCACAGGCCAAUGGAGGGAGACCAGUUCACAGCGUUACCACUGGAGAAUGGAGUGCCGGUGGUGUUGCUUAGCGAUCAGAAGGACAUCGUCUUGGAGGUCAAAGUGACCAAUAAGAACGGUGAUGAUGCACAUGAAGCCUCUGUGCUCGCCUCCUUCCCACGCUCACUUAGCUACUCCGCUUACCGUGUUCCGACUAAUGAGCAGCAGGUUACCUGUAUGGCAAAUAAAGAUGGCUCGGAGGUCGAUUGCGAGCUUGGAAACCCAUUUAAACGUGACUCAGAGGCAAUCUUCUACAUUUAUCUGAGUACAUCAGGCAUCUCUCUUGACACCACUGAGAUGGAGGUUAAUCUUCAGCUUAAUACGACAAGCGACCAGCAGGUAUUAGCUCCAGUGAAAGCCAAAGCAAGGGUGGCCAUCACGCUUCAGCUGUCAGUGACAGGAAUAGCCCAGCCAUCUCAGCUGUACUUUGCAGGAAGUGUCAAGGGUGAGGCGGCCAUGAAGACCGAGACUGACAUUGGCAGUGCUGUCACACACCAGUUCAAAAUAACUAAUAUGGGAAAACGCCUGACAGGCUUUGGCACCGCCACCCUCAACAUCUACUGGCCAAAAGACUUGGAUUCAGGAAAGUGGCUCCUCUAUCUGGUAUCGAUGAGCUCCACCGGAGUGGAGAAGAUGCAGUGCUCUCCUAAAGGGGUGGUCAACCCUCUUAACACGGAACUAAGUAAACCCAGGAUGAGAAGAGCAGCAGAUACCUCCAAGGACAUAAGCGAGGGCACAAUCUCCCGUUUAGUUGACAAAAAUAAAUUUAAAACUCUGUCCUGUGACGAUGGAGCAAAGUGUGUGAAGAUACAGUGCCCUCUGGGGGGCCUGGACAGUAAUGCAGUCAUCACUCUGCAUUCUCGCCUCUGGAACAGCACCUUUAUAGAGGAUUUCUCUGAUUUGCAUCACGUGGAGGUGAUUGUGAAGGCCACUCUGCAAGUUGACAGCACAGUUAAGAACACAGUGCUGCAAAAUGCUGAGACACAGGCGAGACUGACGGUGUACCCUGAGAGGCGAGCAGAAGGCAUUUCCUCAGGAGUGCCGUGGUGGAUCAUCUUCCUGUCUGUCCUGUUUGGGCUAAUGCUGCUGGCUCUGUUGGCUUUCCUUCUCUGGAAGUGUGGACUCUUUGGGAAUAAGAAACAGGACCCGUCAGAAAAAGAGAGACUGACAGCAUAAAAAAGAAAGAGGUGUGGCUUUUUCAAGAGUGCCAACAAUGAAGACAAGGUUCCCAGUUACAGCGCAGUUCGGAUCAAACGGGAAGAGAGAGCAAUAAACCCUGAGAUUAGUAACUGGGAAAGCCCAGAAAAGAAGUCCUGGAUGACGACCUGGCACGACAAGGAGCAUUACUCUUAAUGGAUGAUGAGAUCUGACUCCACUCAAUUCCUGUCACUUACUGCAAAACUCAACAUUUUGCUUAUUUUUCCUGCCUUUUCUUUGCACAAUGUGGACUGUAAAUAUCAAGAGACAAAUUAAUUUUUUUUUAUAAAGAAAGAAAGAAAAUCGUUGACCUAAUACUUGAUUUGAUGUGUUCCGAGUCAGGGCCUGAAUUGAUCUUUGAAAAAGUCUGUUUGAAUCACUGGAAGAAGAGAUGCAUUGUGGGAGACGGUCCUGCACAGCUUCUGUCAGUCUGAGCUUGUAUUUGUACAUUUACUACAUUCACAGUGUUGACUUGGGGGAGGGUGGGUGGUUUUCUGGGUUUUUUGUACAUUUUUGAAUGUUGAGCGGAUUUGUUUGUAUUUAUUCUUCGUGAGGAGUUCUUUACGUUACAUGCCCUACAGGCCAAAGAGUCUUGCAUUGCAGAAACAUCCGACUUUUAAUGUUUUUUCCAAUUUCUAAAGCUUUUUUUUUGUAAAUCAACAUUUUUUAUAGAGUUUUUUCACAGCCAAUGACAUCGCCAUUAAACACAAACUAUUUACAUAUCAACAAGGCUGUGUUAUAAAAAUAAUAUAAAUCAAAAUGAAUGCCAGAAGAAAUAAGCAAAUGAAACAGAAGUAACAUAAGGCAACACGUUUAGUGAUACAUUUGGAAUAAAAAAAUAAAUAAAAUAAAAGAGGGGGGGGGGGGGGGGGGGGGGGGGGGUAGUUUUUAAAAUACUUCUCAUGAUGCAUCCAACUUAACUUUUUGAUAAAUCAGACACUCAAUGUGCCUCGGGUAAAAGUGGAACAGAAUUGCAUCCACAGUGGUAGAUGGCUCAGUUUGCAAACGAAUCUUCAAGCCCCUGCAGAAACAACAUUUUAUUGACUGUCUGAAAGUGAGAGUGAGAUUGGACAAAGAGUUGCUUUUUGAAUAAAAUGUUUUUAAAUGUUGUCAAA